ACCCAUUUCUGUUUCUAAACCCUUCGUUUGUUUCUUCAGUCGGUGGUUUUUGUUGUUAGUCAGACGGUUGUCGGCGUUCGUCGUGUAGGUUCCGCGGCGGUUCUGUGGCCUGAGUUUUACUAUUUUUUUUAUUUUUUAUUGGUUUUGGGUGCGGUGGAGGAGUGCUUUGGAUUUGGUUGAUUCUGUUGGGAGACGAUGGCGAAUCCGAGGUGUUAUUUGGAUAUUAGUAUUGGGGGAGAAAUGGAGGGGAGAAUUGUGAUUGAGUUGUUCAAAAGUGUGGUGCCUAAAACCGCCGAGAAUUUUCGAGCUCUCUGCACUGGAGAGAAGGGCAUUAGCCCUUCCACUGGCGUUCGUCUGCAUUAUAAGGGUUCAAAAUUUAAUAGUGUUGUCAAAGGUCUUAUGGUGCGGGGGGGUGAUAUAUCUUCUGGAGGUGGGGGAGGUGGAGGAGAGUCCAUAUAUGGAGAGGUAUUUGAAGAUGAAAAUUUUGAGUUGAAGCAUUCAAGGAAAGGGAUUUUGUCAAUGGCCAACAAUGGUCCAAACACCAAUGGGUCUCAGUUUCUCAUUACUACAACGCAAGCUACUCACCUGGAUGGAAAGCAUGUUGUCUUUGGUAAAGUGGCCAAAGGAUUGGGUGUGAUUCGUGCCAUUGAGUAUGCUGAGAGAAAAGAUGACAACAGUCCUGUUGCUGACAUUGUUGUUGUUGACUGUGGUGAAAUUCCUGAGGGAGCAGAUGAUGGGACAAUUAACUUCUUUAUGGAUGGUGAUUUGUACCCUGACUGGCCAAUGGAACUUGAUUCUAAACCAACUGAUGUGCCGUGGAUGAUUAAUGCCAUAAACUCUAUCAAAGCCCUUGGAAAUGAUUGGUACAAGAAGAACAAUUAUAAGAUGGCUAUCAGGAAGUACCGAAAAGCCCUGAAGUACCUUGAUUUAUGUUGGGAGAUGAAAGACAUUGAUCUAGCACAGAGUGAAACUCUGAGAAAAAUGAAGUCUCAAAUCUUUACAAAUAGUUCUAUGUGUAAGUUGAAGUUAGGAAACCACAAAGCAGCGUUGCUGGAUGCAGACUUUGCAAUCCGAGAUGGAGAAGAUAAUGCAAAAGCAUUCUACCGACAAGGCCAGGUGCACAUGGCACUCAACAAUGUAGAUGCAGCUGUUCAAAGCUUUAAAAAAGCAUUAGAAUUGGAGCCUCACGAUGGUGGUAUAAAGAAAGAGCUCUCUACUGCAAUGAAGAAGGUUGCUGAUAGGCGUGAGCAGGAGAAAAAGGCUUUUUCUCGAAUGUUUCAGUAGAAAUUGACAGUGCUGAACUAAUCACAUACUGCGGCAUGUUCACCUUUUGUCGUGCUGAGCAUAUAUGAAACUUAUAUGACCUGGUCAAUAAAAUCGUAAGAAAACAUCAUACUCAACCCUUAACUAAAAAUUUUGCACUGUUACGGCACACAUCCAUUGCAAUCUUCAGAAUGAGAAACAUGUCUUUUUGUCAAAACAAAACGAGUUGUUUCUUUUCCCCGGACUAAUAGUUGUGUUUUUGCGAAUCUGAGGUAUAGACAGGAGUUCAUUCGAUUAUUGUGGGUACUAUUCUCCCUUUGCAUACACUUGCCUGUUCUUAUGCUUUCAUCUUAAUAGUUCCGAGUUCUUGCCAUAUCUGUUGGGUUUUAAAUGUUACCAUAUCUCUAAUGUGCUAAAUAUGCUUGUCUCGACACUUUUUGUGUUUUACUUGAGUUGGAGGUAGUCGUAGAAUAGAAAUGGUCCUUGGGGAUAUGCUUGGAGGUUUUGGUUUUGGUUUUGGUUCUGGUUCGACUAAAUGCGAGUUUUGCCUUCUCAUGGAUCACUUUGUUGUGUUUGUGUUGAGAGUAAUAAUUUGUAAGGGACUUAGACAUGAACAUGUCACAAAUGAAAUUAAAUGACCUCGUUCCUUCAUGAUCACAUUUUCAAAAUUGGUGUGGCCUCAAUUCCAAAUGUGUAUCAUGCAGGGUGGGUUACUGUGUUCAAUAAACACAUUCA